AUGUCGGACUCCGCAAGCACCUCCUGUAAGGGGGAUACACAGGAAAGAAACCCAACUGAUGACGACUUCCACGGCUGCCCGGAAUGCUUCCUGUUUUCCUCAACCGUUUCUGUAAAGUCAUAUCAUGCAUCUGUGGGUUUCAUCAUGGCGGCCCAAAUAAGCUCCCGAGUGGCUCAGUUCCGCUUGGAGGAGAAACGUUGCUACUUCGGCUGCAACCAGUUGCAAGCUGGUAUUUUGAACUGGGACCAGUUCAAGGUCACCUUCCACAGCUUCCCAUCACCCAAAAAUCCUAAGGCUGCUUUACUGAGGCAAAAGUGGCUGCUAGCCAUCAAGCGAAAAGACAAGUUCAGUGUUGACACAGCAAAAGUGUGUUCACGGCACUUCAAAGAGUCUGAUUUUGUCCCAAACGUGUCAAGUGGACGACGGAUCCUCUAUGAAUCUGCGGUGCCGUCAGUCUUCGUGUUCAAGAAGCAGAAGCCUGAGAGAAGACCACCGAAGGAACGUGUAGUGCUUCAAGAACACCAACACAAUUUUGUCGAAACUGUUGUCAACCCUCAGACAUUUAAUUGUCAUUCAGACACAGAGAGCAUGGAAGUUGUGACAGAUGAAAUCAGCACACCAGGAAAAUCCCAGGACUGCCAGUGUGAUCAUAUGCAAGAGCUUCUUAAGGGAAAGGAAGAACUAGAAAAAAGCAGGAAAAGGCUGGCUGCACUGGAAGAAGAAGUUAAAAGUCUGAAGAAUGAAGUCUACAGAGCAGAAGGAGAGACAGCACUCUACAAGGACCGUUUAACAAAAUCUUCAUUGUCAUCAAGUGCCAGUGUGUGCUCCAUUGAAACCUUUAAAGACAAGGAUGAUGACAUGAUGUUUUACACUGGGCUUCCUAGUUACGAGGUAUUCAAAGCACUCCUGGAAUACGUUGACCCAUGGACAAACAUGUCCAGCCAGACAGUAGAGACAUCCACAAAUGUUGGCCGUCCUUCCGCCCUCUCUAUUGAAAAUCAGUUCCUUCUCGUUUUGAUGAAAUUACGGUUGGGUUUGUUUGAGAAGGACUUAGCACAUAGAUUUCAGAUGCACCAAAGCACUGUGAGCAGGUUAUUUUCCUCGUGGAUGAACCUGCUGUAUGUGAAACUCUCUGCACUCCCACUGUGGCAGUCUCGUGAAACGAUUGACAAAAACAUGCCUGAAGCUUUUAAGGAGAAAUACCCAAAUACAAGAGUGGUAAUUGAUGCAACCGAAAUGAGAUGUGAGGUACCAAGUUCACUAGUUCUCCAAUCUGAGACAUAUUCGAACUAUAAAUCCGUGAACACAUUCAAAGGUUUAAUUGGGGUCUCACCAGAUGGCUUUGUUACCUUUGUUUCUGCACUCUACACAGGAAGUAUUUCUGAUGUUGAGCUGGUGAAAAGGAGUGGAUUUCUAGAGAUGCCGUUCAAUGAAGGGGAUUCAGUCAUGGCUGAUAAAGGUUUUCGGAUUAGAGACUUGCUAUCACCACUUGGUGUAGGUUUGAACAUUCCCCCAUUUCUGAGCCAAGGCCACUUGACUACUUCAGAGGUAGCAGAGACUCAGUCUAUAGCAUCACUAAGGAUCCAUGUUGAACGUAGAAUUCGAAGAGUGAAGUCAUUCCACAUAUUUGAUAGAGCAAUUCCAAUAUCGCUUGGACCCCUUGUCAACCACAUCUGGACUGUGUGUGUCCUCUUGACAAAUUUCCAGCACCCACUCAUAAGAGGUGCAUCACAGGAGCUUCCAGAUAUUGAAUGA